AAAAAAUACCCCAAACGUUAUAAAUCUUAUAAACCCCAAUCACCACCUUGGCCGCAACCACGAUCACCACCUUGGCCGCAACCACGAUCAUCACAACUACCACAAUCACCACCAGCAGCAACUAUGCCUCUCAGCAAAAAGAACACUCCUUUUUUGUUCCCAGAGUCUCAAUCCACUGUUCUCCCUGACCCCACCAACUUCUUCUCCCCAAACCUUGUCUCCUCUCCACUCCCCACAAACUCUUUCUUCCAAAACUUGGCUCUCAAAAACGGUGAUCAACCUGAGUAUAUUCACCCUUACCUCAUCAAAUCCUCAAACUUUUCUCUUUCCCUCUCAUACCCAUCUCGCUUCUUCAACUCUUCCUUCAUAUAUCAAGUCUUCAACGCUGAUCUCACCAUCACCUCAUCUCAAAAAACCAAUCCUUUAUCCCAUUGGAACCACAGAAUCUCUUCCUAUAAUGAUCUCAGUGUCACCUUGGAUAUCCCUUCUUCUAAUCUGCGAUUUUUCCUUGUAAGGGGAAGCCCCUUUUUGACUGUGUCUCACACCUUUCAGUUUAACAAUGGCCAGACAUGGCUUUUGUAUGCUUCUUCACCGAUCAAGUUGAGUCAUGGCCUUUCUGAGAUCAAUUCUGAUGUGUUUUCUGGUGUAAUUCGGAUUGCUUUGUUGCCUGAUUCUGAUUCAAAGCACGAGGCUGUUCUUGACAGGUUCAGUUCUUGUUACCCUGUGUGUGGUGAUGCUGUGUUUGAAAGACCAUUUUGUGUGGAGUAUAAGUGGGAGAAGAAAGGGUGGGGUGAUUUGUUACUGUUAGCUCACCCUCUUCAUCUUCAGCUUUUGUCAGACAGUGAUUGUGAUGUCACUGUUCUGGAUGAUUUUAAGUAUAGAAGCAUUGAUGGGGAGCUUGUUGGUGUUGUUGGGGAUUCUUGGGUUUUGAAAACAGAUCCUGUUUCAGUAACUUGGCAUUCCACCAGAGGUGUCAGAGAAGAAUCACGUGAUGAAAUUGCUUCAGCACUUCUGAAAGAUGUUGAGGGUCUAAAUUCAUCAGCUAUAACCACAACUUCAUCUUAUUUUUAUGGGAAAUUGAUUGCAAGGGCAGCAAGGUUGGCAUUGAUAGCAGAAGAAGUGUCUUUUCUUGAUGUGAUUCCUGCUAUUAGGAAGUAUUUGAAGGAAACCAUUGAACCGUGGUUGGAAGGAACUUUUAAUGGGAAUGGAUUUCUAUAUGAUAGGAAAUGGGGAGGCAUUAUAACCAAACAAGGGUCUACUGAUACUGGUGCUGAUUUUGGGUUUGGAAUUUAUAAUGAUCACCAUUAUCAUUUGGGGUACUUCCUUUAUGGAAUUGCAGUUCUUGCGAAGAUUGACCCAGUUUGGGGUAGGAAGUAUAAGCCUCAAGCCUAUUCGCUGAUGGCAGAUUUUAUGACCCUGAGCAGAAGAUCAAACUCUCAUUACACGCGUCUAAGGUGUUUUGACCUUUAUAAACUGCACUCUUGGGCUGGAGGGUUAACUGAGUUUGGAGAUGGAAGAAAUCAAGAGAGCACCAGUGAAGCUGUUAAUGCAUAUUAUUCUGCAGCAUUGAUGGGUCUGGCAUAUGGUGACACCCAUCUUGUUGCCAUUGGAUCAACACUUACAUCACUGGAAAUUCAUGCAGCUCAAAUGUGGUGGCAAGUGAAAGAGGGAGGUAAUAUAUAUGAGGAAGAUUUUACAAAAGAGAACAAGGUAGUAGGUGUUCUAUGGUCUAACAAGAGAGACAGUGGGCUAUGGUUUGCUCCUCCUGAGUGGAGAGAAUGUAGGCUUGGCAUUCAACUGUUGCCCAUACUACCUAUUUCUGAAUGGACUUUGCCUGCUUUGAAUAGGGAAGGUGUUGGAGAAGGAUGGAAGGGGUUUGUAUAUGCCCUUGAAGGAGUUUAUGAUAAUGAAGGUGCAUUAAUGAAGAUAAGAAGCUUAAAUGGUUUUGAUGAUGGAAACACAUUGACUAAUCUCUUAUGGUGGAUUCACAGCAGAGGUGAUGUGGAGGAGGAAUUUGGUCAUGGAAAACACUGCUGGUUUGGUCAUUACUGCCACUAGGUAUUAUUAAUGUUGUCAAAUAUUUAAAAAAUAAAACAAAUUAUGAUAUCUCAUGCCAUGUACCUUUUUCUUUAUUCAAUUGAUGUCUGUUUCUUAUAAUUUCUUUGUAACUAAAGUUUGUGGACUUUUGUAUUCUAUCACAGUCUUUAAUGUGUCAUGAGGACUUUGU